AUGGCAAGUGAGAAAGUGAAAUUGCUUGGAUACUGGGCAAGCCCUUUUGCUCUGAAGGUUCAUUGGGCACUGAAACUGAAAGGUAUUGAAUAUGAAUACCAAGAAGAAGAUCUCUCAAACAAAAGUCCUUUGCUCUUGCAGUACAAUCCAGUUCAUAAGAAGAUUCCGGUUUUGGUUCAUAAUGGGAAACCUAUUGCAGAAUCACUAGUCAUACUUGAAUACAUUGAAGAGACAUGGAAGCACAAUCCACUCCUCCCUGAAGAUCCUUAUGAAAGAGCCAAGGCGCGUUUUUGGGCAAAAUUUGUUGAUGACAAGUGUGUGCCAGGAAUAUUUGGUACCUUUGCCAAGGUCGGAGUGGAGCAACAGAAGAUAGCAAAAGAAGCUCGUGAGAACUUGAAAAUUUUAGAGGAUGAACUAGGCAAGAAGCACUUUUUUGGAGAUGCAAAAAUUGGCUUCAUGGAUGUCACGUCUGCUUGGAUCAUCUGCUGGGCUCAGAUUGUUGAGGAGGUUGUGGAUAUCAGACUUAUUGAUGCCGAGGAAAUGCCUUCACUUGUUUCAUGGUUUCAGAAUGUCCUUGAAGCUGCUCCCAUUCUGAAAGAGUGUACACCGCCCAAAGACAAAUUGUUAGAGCAUAACAAAGGAUUUCACGAGAUGUUGGUUGCUUCAGCACCAUCUUAAAAUCUAAAAUCUGUUCCCAUGUAUGAAGAUUUUACUAAAUAUGAUUAUAUGACAUGUAAUCUUUUCGAUGAGUUUGAUGACACGUAAGAUUUUGUGUUUUGCCUAUCAAAUACAAUUGUGGGGAAAUAAGGGCAUACCGCAUACGCAUCUAUGAUCAUGA